AUGUCCGUGCUGGGCUUCUCCGGGCGGCAGAACUCGGGCACGGCCGGGCACGGCGACUCCGACGGCACCGCGGCGCGCCUCGGGCGCUUGUGGGUGGGGAGCGAGGACGGCGACGGCUCGGGGAGCGAGGGGGGGUCCAGCCGGCCCGGGCGCGCGCACGCGCGGGGCUUCGAGAGCGUCGGCAAGCGGCAGUCGUCCGUCGCGGCCAGCGGCACGGGCACCCCGACGGUCCCCGGCAACGACGCGGGCAGCGAGGCCGGGCACAGCCAGGAGCCCGGGCACGGCACGCCGGAGGUGCGGCUGACGAAGGCGCAGAAGAAGAACCUGAAGCGCGCGGAGAAGAAGGCGAACAAGCGCGCCGCGGAGCUGGCGGCGCGCGCCAGCACCGCGGGCGAGCCCUCGGAGGGGGGCGACGACGACGGCGGCGCCUCGGACGACGGCGGCUCGCAGCCCGGCGGCCGCGCACGCUCGCAGGCCGGCAUGACGCACGCAGAGGCGAUGGCCGCGGCGGUCGCCGCCUCCGAGGAUGCUCCCGACCAGCCCCCCGCGCCGCCACCUGCCGCCGCGCAGCAACCCCCUCCGGCACAAACACAGACGCAGGCGCCGGCGCCGGCGCCGGCGCCGCAGCAGCAGCCCGCGGACGUCUUCAACGAGGCGGUGGCGUGCCUCGUCGCCGCGAAGAUGCAGCAGCACGUCGCGGACCUCACGCUGCUGUCGUUCCCCGCGUGGCGCGCGUCGGUCGCCGUGCAAAAGUUCGGGUCCGACGUGCGCAGCGCGCUCGCGUGGCUGCUCGAGGGUAACGCGACGACCGAGGCCGAGGCCCGCGCGAUCGCCGAGGGCCUCGCCGCGUCGGACUCGGCCCCGGAGGUGACGUUUGACAUAGACGGGGAGCUGGCGAUGCUGCACGCUGUCGAGUCCGCGGUGCCCGCGGGGGGGCCGUCGCCGUGGUCGGCGGUCGUCGCGAGCCAGGGGAACGUCCGGCGGACGCUCGACAUGCUCGUGCGCGCCGGGGCGCUCAUGACGGAGCAAGCGGUGGCGUGUGCGGCGCGGCUGGCCGUGCAGAUGUACGGCGGCCCGCCCGCGGCGCAGGCGGCGCGGCGGCCCGCUGAGCAGCAGAGGGAGCAGGCGCCGCCGGCGUCGCUCGGGCUGCAGAGCCCCGUGGCGGCGCAGGAGCAGCCUCCUGGCAUGUUGCACCUGCAGCAACAACAGCCAGCGCUGUCCGCGGAGCACCAGCAGCAGCAGGCGCCGCAGCAGGGCGGUUCGGGCAUGUUUCCGUCGUUCCAGUGGCCGCCGUCGAGCUCGGCGGCCACGUCGCAGCCCCUGUCAGGGGCCGGGCUGCAAAGCUUGCUGACCGCAAUGGGCGGCGGGCAGGCGCGGAGCCCCGGGCUGUCGACGAGCGGCCCGGGGAGCGCGUUCCAGGACCCGGCGAUCGCAGGAAUGGGCCAGAGACUGCCGCUGUCGUCGCCGGACCCGCCGCACGGGGCGCGACCGCCCGGCAUGGGCGCGCGCCCGCCGCCGCCGGGGCUGGGAGGGGGCUCCGGGACGACCGAGCAGCGGGCGUCGCUCCUGCGCGCGCUCGGGCUCGGCGGCGCGUCGGCGGGCGAGCAGGCCGGGGCCGGGCUGACGCCAGGGGGGGCCGCGCCGAUGAACGGGGGCCUCUCGCAGGGCUUUGGCACGUCGGCGUACGACCCGUUCCUCUUCGCGCGGCCCGCCGGUGCGAAGUGA